AUGAGCGACGAGGAUAUCCUCGAGAACUUUGUGGAAAUGAAUAACAAGGAAAUUGAAUGGUCUAUCCCGCGAAAUAGGAAAAGUAAUCGUAAAAGGAGAAAAACAAGUAUGAAAUCUACACCGGUCAAGGACAGUACACAAUCUGACACGAAUCCGGAAUACGAUCAUAAUGUUAAACACACUGCUGGAAAUUUACAACGAAAUGUUAAUAAUAAUGAUAGACAUAAUAAUUUAGUACCCAAUAUCAAUAGGAAGAAAUCUAUAAAUAACAGUCUUAAAGAUAAGGUUAUGAAUUUAAAAAAGAAAGUGCCGCGUACUUCCGCGAUUUCAAUAUUAAUUGAAGAUGCUGACCUUACAUACGCGGAAAUUAUUCGCUUGGCACGGGACAAAAUUUCUCUAUCGGAUUUAAAUAUCUUUGAUCCAAAAAUUAAAAGAUCGAUUGCUGGAGGUAUUCUCAUUGAAAUCCCCGGGGAAGAUUCUGACAUAAAAGCAGAUCUCCUCUUAACUAGUCUACAUCACGUUUUUAAAGAUAUGACCGGUGUUAGAAUUAGAAAACCUACGAGGAAUUCGCAAAUAAAGUUAGUAGGAUUAGACGAUUCGAUAACAAAAACGGAGAUAAAUAACAUUCUCGCAGAAAUAGGUAAAUGCUCGUCCGAAAGCAUAUAUUGUAGUCCGAUAAGAUUUGUUCGCGGUGGCCUGGGUGUGGCAAUGGCGAGAUGUCCGAUUGCGGCGGCGGUGAACAUUCUGGAAGCUGGUAAAAUUAAUAUCGGUUGGACGACUGUAAGGGUGGAGCCGGUUGAUUCGAGACCUCUUCAGUGUUACAAAUGUCUUGCGAUCGGUCACACGCUGCAUAGAUGUCCGGAAUCCAAGGACAGGAGAGCGUGUUGUUAUCGCUGCGGGGAAAUAGGUCAUAGAUCAUCUGAGUGCAGAAAUGCGGUUAGCUGCCCAGUCUGCCUCGACAGGGGUCUCAGAGCCGAUCAUAUGGCUGGUACCUCGGCGUGUAAGCCCGUACCCCCUGGAAAGACAUUGAUUCAUAAAACUUAUGUAAAUAAAGACAAUGUUAAUGUUGAUUUAUAUAAUAAUUCCUUACCUGUAAUGCCUAUUGAGGAACGGAGGCCUCUGGAUACGGCGGAGCCCCCCGCCUCUGAAAUGGACACUGAAAUUUAA